CUCCGGCAUGAUGUUCUCCAGCUUCAACGCCGACUACGAGGCGGCGUCCUCCCGCUGCAGCAGCGCCUCCCCGGCGGGGGACAGCCUCUCCUACUACCACUCCCCCGCCGACUCCUUCUCCAGCGUGGGCUCUCCCGGCGCCGCGCAGGACUUCUGCGCGGAUCUGGCCGUCUCCAGCGCCAACUUCAUCCCAACGGUGACUGCCAUCUCCACCAGCCCCGACCUGCAGUGGCUGGUCCAGCCUACCCUGGUCUCCUCCGUGGCCCCCUCCCAGACGAGAGCCCCCCACCCCUACGGAGUCCCCCCUCCCGCAGCCGGGGCUUACUCCAGGGCUGGCGUCGUGAAGGCCAUGACUGGAGGCCGAGCGCAGAGCAUUGGCAGGAGGGGCAAGGUGGAACAGUUGUCCCCUGAAGAGGAAGAGAAGCGGAGAAUCCGAAGGGAAAGGAAUAAGAUGGCUGCAGCCAAAUGCCGGAACCGGAGGAGGGAGCUGACAGACACACUGCAAGCGGAGACAGACCAACUAGAAGAUGAGAAGUCUGCUUUGCAGACUGAGAUUGCCAACCUGCUGAAGGAGAAGGAAAAACUAGAGUUCAUCUUGGCAGCUCACCGACCUGCCUGCAAGAUCCCGGAUGACCUGGGCUUCCCGGAAGAGAUGUCGGUGACUUCCCUUGAUCUGAGUGGGGGGCUGCCUGAGGCUACCACCCCUGAAUCCGAGGAGCCCUUCACUCUGCCCCUCCUCAACGACCCUGAGCCCAAGCCCUCUGUGGAGCCGGUCAAGAGCAUGAGCAGCGUGGAGCUGAAGGCCGAGCCCUUUGAUGACUUCCUCUUCCCAGCUUCGUCCAGGCCCAGUGGCUCCGAGACAGCCCGCUCUGUGCCAGACAUGGACCUGUCUGGUUCCUUCUAUGCAGCAGACUGGGAGCCCCUGCAUGGUGGCUCCCUGGGGAUGGGGCCCAUGGCCACAGAGCUGGAGCCCCUGUGCACCCCAGUGGUCACCUGUACUCCCAGCUGCACUACUUACACGUCUUCCUUCGUCUUCACCUACCCGGAGGCUGACUCCUUCCCCAGCUGUGCGGCCGCCCACCGCAAGGGCAGCAGCAGCAACGAGCCCUCCUCUGACUCGCUCAGCUCACCCACGCUGCUGGCCCUGUGAGCAGGCGGGCAGGGGAGGCAGGAGGCACACGCAAGUGCCACUGCCCGAGUUGGUGCAUUACAGAGAGGAGAAACACGUCUUCCCUCAAGGGUCCCGGUAGACCUAGGGAGGACCUGAUCUGUGCGUGAAACACACCAGGCUGUGGGCCGCAAGGACUUGAAAGCAUCCACGUGUGGACUCAAGUCCUUACCUCUUCCGGAGAUGUAGCAAAAACGCAUGGAGUGUGUAUUGUUCCCAGUGACACAUCCGAGAGCUGGUAGUUAGUAGCAUGUUGAGCCAGGCCUGGGUCUGCGUCUCUUUUCUCUUUCUCUUUAGUCUUCUCAUAGCAUUAACUAAUCUAUUGGGUUCAUUAUUGGAAUUAACCUGGUGCUGGAUAUUUUCAAAUUGUAUCUAGUGCAGCUGAUUUUAACAAUAACUACUGUGUUCCUGGCAAUAGUGUGUUCUGAUUAGCAAUGACCAAUAUUAAAGUAAGGAAAGAUAUGACUUUAUUUUCUAGUAGAUAGAAAUAAAUAGCUCUAUCCAUGUACUGUAGUUUUUCUUCAACAUCAAUGUUCAUUGUAAUGUUACUGAUCAUGCAUUGUUGAGGUGGUCUGAAUGUCCUGACAUUAACAGUUUUCCAUGAAAACGUUUUAUUGUGUUUUUAAUUUAUUUAUUAAGAUGGAUUCUCAGAUAUUUAUAUUUUUAUUUUAUUUUUUUCUACCUUGAGGUCUUUUGACAUGUGGAAAGUGAAUUCGAAUGAAAAAUCUAAGCAUUGUUUGCUUAUUGUUCAAAGACAUUGUCAAUAAAAGCAUUUAAGUUGAAUGCGA